AUGACAGAACUUAUAUCUUCUUUCUCUGAUUUGGAUAUUGCUGACAAGAUAGAAAGUUAUAGUGAUUAUCCUACCUACGACCCUAAUAGUGAAACAUCAUUUCGUUGCAGUGAGAGUGUGGCAAUUGGGUUCAAGUAUGCGGCGGCAUUCCUCUAUGGCCUGGUAUGCCUUCUGAGCCUGCUGGGUAACUCCCUGGUGGUGCUGGUGAUCACCUACAACAAGGCGAACCGUUCCAUUACUGACGUCUACCUUCUGAACCUCGCCAUUGCCGAUCUCCUCUUUGCACUCAGCUUGCCAAUGUGGGCAGUUUACCAAGUUCAUGAGUGGAUCUUUGGCACUGCCAUGUGCAAACUCAUCUCAGCACUGAAGGAAGUCAACUUCUACAGUGGCAUCCUCCUGUUGGCUUUUAUCAGCAUUGAUCGCUACCUGGCCAUAGUUUACGCUACUCGGGCAGUCACUGAGAAGAGGCACUGGGUCAAAUUUGUCUGCGUUGGCAUCUGGCUGUUCUCUUUCCUCUUCUCCCUCCCUGUAAUCUGCUUCCGUAAAGCUUUCCUAAGUUCAUCUAAAAUGGUUUGUUAUGAGAAUAUAGAGGGAGGUCAAACUUCGGACUGGAGGGUGAUAUUGAGAAUUCUUCCACAAACUUUUGGCUUCAUCGUCCCAUUGAUCAUCAUGCUCUUUUGCUAUGGUGUGACAGUACACCGGCUUUCCCAGACCAAGAACAGCCAAAAAAAGAAGGCCAUGAAAGUCAUCUUGGUCGUGGUGUUGGUCUUCCUGAUCUGUUGGCUGCCCUACCAUAUCUCCCUGCUUGCUGAUACCUUAAUGAGGAGUGGAGUUAUUGAGGACACCUGUGUCCGCAGUGAUGUCAUUAAUAAAGUUAUGUUUGGUACUGAGAUCCUGGGAUUUGCUCACAGCUGUAUAAACCCCAUCAUAUAUGCCUUUAUAGGACAGAAGUUCCGGAACAGCUUCCUGAAGAUCUUGGUCACCCAAGGUAUCAUCAGCAAUAACACCCUGACUCGAUAUAGGAAGGGAUCUUCCUUCUCAUCUACCUCUGGCAACACCUCCAUGACCCUGUAGUCAUCAUCCAGGAGGGAGGGAAGGAAGACACAAUCACUAAGCAGUGUUCCAGCUAUUCUUAUACUGAAGGUCUUAGU